GCGCCCGGCGCCUGCUGGUAGUGCCCCCGGCGGACCCUCCCGCGGUUGGCACGGGCCGCGUCUGCUUCGCCCGGGGCCCCCCCGCGCUGGGGGUCGCCCCCAAGAUGGUGGCGGCCCCGGGGAGGACUGUGCCGCCAGCCCCAGCCUCCCGCUGCUAGGUCCCCCGCACCCCGGCCCCUCCCCCCCGAGCCCGGCCUUCCAGGGGGGCCGCGGCCGGCGCCAUGCUGCGCCUGGGGCUGUGCGCCGCCGCGCUGCUGUGCGUGUGCCGGCCGGGCGCCGUGCGUGCCGACUGCUGGCUCAUCGAGGGCGACAAGGGGUACGUGUGGCUGGCCAUCUGCAGCCAGAACCAGCCGCCCUACGAGACCAUCCCGCAGCACAUCAACAGCACCGUGCACGACCUGCGGCUCAACGAGAACAAGCUCAAGGCCGUGCUCUAUUCGUCGCUGAACCGCUUCGGGAACCUCACCGACCUCAACCUCACCAAGAACGAGAUCUCCUACAUCGAGGACGGCGCCUUCCUGGGCCAGUCGAGCCUGCAGGUGCUGCAGCUCGGCUACAACAAGCUCAGCAACCUGACCGAGGGCAUGCUGCGCGGCAUGGGCCGCCUGCAGUUCCUGUUCGUGCAGCACAACCUCAUCGAGGUGGUGACGCCCGCCGCCUUCUCCGAGUGCCCGAGCCUCAUCAGCAUCGACCUGUCCUCCAACCGCCUCAGCCGCCUGGACGGCGCCACCUUCGCCAGCCUGGCCAGCCUCAUGGUGUGCGAGCUGGCCGGCAACCCCUUCAACUGCGAGUGCGACCUCUUCGGCUUCCUCGCCUGGCUGGUGGUCUUCAACAACGUCACCAAGAACUACGACCGCCUGCAGUGCGAGUCGCCGCGCGAGUUCGCCGGCUACCCGCUGCUGGUGCCCCGGCCCUACCACAGCCUCAACGCCAUCACCGUGCUCCAGGCCAAGUGCCGCAACGGCUCGCUGCCCGCCCGGCCCGCGAGCCACCCCACGCCCUACUCCACCGACGCCCAGCGGGAGCCGGACGAGAACUCGGGCUUCAACCCCGACGAGAUCCUGUCGGUGGAGCCGCCGGCCUCGUCCACCACGGAUGCGUCUGCGGGGCCGGCCAUCAAGCUGCACCACGUGGCCUUCACCUCGGCCACGCUGGUGGUCACCAUCCCGCACCCCUACAGCAAGAUGUACGUCCUGGUCCAGUACAACAACAGCUACUUCUCCGACGUCAUGACGCUCAAGAACAAGAAGGAGAUCGUGACGCUCGACAAGCUGCGCGCGCACACCGAGUACACGUUCUGCGUGACCUCGCUGCGCAACAGCCGCCGCUUCAACCACACCUGCCUGACCUUCGCCACGCGGGACCCCGUCCCCGGCGACCUGGCGCCCAGCACCUCCACCACCACCCACUACAUCAUGACCAUCCUGGGCUGCCUCUUCGGCAUGGUCAUCGUGCUGGGCGCCGUCUACUACUGCCUGCGCAAACGGCGCAUGCAGGAGGAGAAGCAGAAGUCCGUCAAGGUCAAGAAGACCAUCCUGGAGAUGCGCUACGGGGCCGACGUGGAUGCCGGCUCCGUGGUCCACGCCGCCCAGAAGCUGGGCGAGCCCCCCGUGCUGCCCGUGCCCUGCAUGCCUUCCAUCCCCUCCGUGAUCGGGGAGAAGCUUCCCGCCCCCAAGGGGCUGGAGGCCGGGCUGGACACGCCCAAGGUGGCCACCAAGGGCAACUACAUCGAGGUGCGCACCGGCGCGGGCGGGGACGGCCUGGCCCGGCCCGAGGAUGACCUCCCGGACCUGGAGAACGGCCAGGGCUCGGCCGCCGAGAUCUCCACCAUCGCCAAGGAGGUGGACAAGGUCAACCAGAUCAUUAACAACUGCAUCGACGCCCUCAAGCUGGACGCGGCCUCGUUCCUCGGGGGAGGCGGCGGCGGCGGCGGCGGCGGGGGCGCCUACCACGAGAGCGUGCACCACCCGCUACAGCGCCAGCUGAGCGCCGACGCCGCCGUGGCGCGCAAGACCUGCAGCGUCUCGUCCAGCGGCUCCAUCAAGAGCGCCAAGGUCUUCAGCCUGGACGUGCCCGACCACCCGGCCGCCGCGGGGCUGGCCAAGGGCGACUCCAAGUAUAUCGAGAAGGGCAGCCCCCUCAACAGCCCGCUGGACCGGCUCCCGCUGGUGCCCGCGGGCGGCGGCGGGGGCGGCGGGGGCGGCGGGGUCCAUCACCUGGAGGUGAAGCCCGCCUACCACUGCAGCGAGCACCGGCACAGCUUCCCGGCCCUGUACUACGAGGAGGGCGCCGACAGCCUGAGCCAGCGCGUGUCCUUCCUCAAGCCGCUGACCCGCUCCAAGCGGGACUCCGCCUACUCCCAGCUCUCCCCCAGACACUACUACUCAGGUUACUCCUCCAGCCCUGAGUACUCCUCCGAGAGCACGCACAAGAUCUGGGAGCGCUUCCGGCCCUACAAGAAGCACCACCGGGAGGAGGUGUACGUGGCCGCCGGCCACGCCCUGCGCAAGAAGGUCCAGUUCGCCAAGGACGAGGACCUGCACGACAUCCUCGAUUACUGGAAAGGGGUCUCGGCCCAGCAGAAGCUGUGACCCUCUCCUUCCCGAUUGGCAAAACUGAGAAGAGCAAGCCGGCGGAGCCAGUGGUGUGAGAAAGCAGAUUCCCGUUACAUUUGCAUGACGAUUUUACUGUAUUUUUCUGAGCAAACAUCUGUCGUGUAUGUGCCAGUUCGUCCGGACUCCCGGGCCCCCCUCCCUGCCGCCCCCCUCUUGCCCCCACUCCCUCUGUUGUGAUCUGACAAGCAGCUCUUGAAGCCUGGGGUGGGGCCACUUCUGCAAAAGACCCAAAGCAGGUGCCACCAAAA